ACCGAAUUGUAUACUCAAGUACGUAUUUACGGACGUAUAAUUAAAAGCUUGAACAACAACACAUGAUUAUGUCUGCUUCUCUUCUUCUCCUUCGAAACCUCUUCUCCUUCUCCCUCUCAGCAAACACAAUACUUACAAAACCCUAUUUCGCUAUUUCAAUCAAAGCCAUGGAAGCUCAGAACGAUCUCCCAGUAACCAAUCUAGAUUACCCAAAACCUAUUUUCGCUCCGCCGCCUCCGAUCUCAAAAGACAUUGAACUCAAAAGAGCCAUAGAAGCUUCGUCGAAAUCGAGUCUCUUCAAUCUCACAAGAGAUGAUGUACUAUACGAAGACGAAUAUCUCAUGGCCGUAAAUAAACCAAAAGGCAUCUACUGCGAAUCUGUUCUUUCCUCUGCUCCUAACAUUAUCAUCGAUUCUAUAACGAAUGAGUUUCAUCUCGCGAAUAGAUUAGACCGUGACACUAGCGGCGUGAUGCUCAUAACUAAGUCUCACAAAGUCGCUGCGAAGCUCGUUAAAGCCUUCACUGAACACAAGAUUCGUAAAUCCUACAUUGCCCUCUCCAUCGGACCAUCACCAAAUUGGAGCAAGAUCACUAUUAGGUCAGGUCAUGGACGAUCAAAACACGGAGCUUGGCGCGUUUACGCUGCCUUAGACGUUGGUAGAGUCUUACCGGGAGGAUCAUUUGUUCGAGAUAUGGAGACAACGUUCGAAGUUGUGUCGGUAAACGGAGAAAACCCCGAACAAUUCGAAGUUGAGUCUAUCAUUGUUGUCGAGGGGGAACCGGAAUUGAGAUGUGUUGGAGAUUGUGAUGUUGUUGUGGUUAGAGCGUUCCCUAAAAGCGGUAGGACGCAUCAGAUUAGGCUACAUUGUCAGUAUCUUGGGAUUCCGAUUAGAGGAGAUGUUAAGUAUCAUGGGAUGUAUGAGUGGAGAGGAAGAACAUUUGAGGGUCAUGAGCUUCAUGCUGAGAGUUUGUCGAUGGAUCAUCCGGUGACGGGCGAUCCUAUCGUUAUCCGAGCUCCUCUUCCGUGCUGGGCCGCCGGAGAUGGGAAAUGUGACGGUUGAUAGUUAGAUUUUGAAUGGUUAGUGUGAAGAUCCUUGUAAUGACCAGCUCUUGGAGUAAUUUUGUUUUGAUCUUGGUUUUACAUGAUUUCCGGAAUCUCCGCAUGAUAGGAUAGCUCAAGAUACAAAACACAGAAUUGAAAAAAUAUGUUCCUUCGAUGUGUAAGAAGGAAUAUUGUUUCCCAAAAUCCACUGACAAUUUUUAGUUCAAUGGGAAAAUUGUUUUUUUAACUUGUUUAUGCAGAAAUCUUUAAUAUCUCUAUGUUUGAUCAUUCAUGUGUUUAAAACAUGGAAAAGUAAAAGAUAC